AUGCCGGAGCAUUGGCUAAUGAAAGCGGAGCCGUUAACGCGGAUCGUCAAGGGGGUUGAUGUGGCAUUUAGUGUGGACCGUUUUGAGAAGUUAAAGCGCUCCUCAUGGGAAGGAGUCAGGAACUAUCAAGCACGAAAUUUUUUGCGCGAUCAAAUGAAGAAAGGCCAGCAUGUGCUGUUUUAUCAUAGUAGCUGCAAGCUACCAGGGAUCUAUGUACUACUCUCUGACACUUGGAUCCAACGUGAAGGAUACCCAGAUCACACAGCUUGGGAUCCCAAGCAUCCCUAUUAUGACGCUAAAUCGGACCCUGAAAACCCACGCUGGUUUAUGGUUGAUGUGGAAUUUGUGCGGCGGCUUCCGCACAUGGUGCCACUUGCUCUACUUCAGCACCUUGCCAGCAGCGACGUAACUGAAUCACAGCGCAAAGAUGUGCACUACCUAGAUGAUAAACACAUUGAAUCCCUCCGCGGAAUGGCGCUCCUUAAUCGCUCCCGCUUGAGCGUUCAGAAACUACUGAUCAGGAAGCCCGUCGAUGCGAUCGCGUAUGAAGCAAUUUGCCUUUUAGGGGAAAGGGGUGGCUUCGAGCAAUGGCCUGGAAAAUGGAAUAGCCCAUCUCCAUCUAUUUCUGACGAAGGAGCCCAAGUCGUCAAGUCCCCGCGCGAACAGAAACGAAGGCGAAAGUAG